AUGUCGCACCAUCUCGCGUUGUCUCAUACCACCCGCGCAACCUUUGCCAUGUCCGGAAUGGAAGACAAGAUAGUCCUCAGAGCUCCCUCUGUGCACCGGAACUUCGUAGGGAAACGGAGCGUCGAAUCCCCAUGGAUGGUAUCCGACUCGAAGACGAUCGAGGGAACGCUAAGCUACGAGGAUAUCAGGUGCAUCUCGGGUGCGGCUCGGGCCAUCGCCGAGGUUGUCGUGCGGAGACUGGUGGUCGAGUUUAAAUCGUUGAAACCGGGAGAAGCCGACGAGUGGUGGUGGCUAUUUGCGUUUGGGUUUUGGUUUGGUGAUGAUGAUGUCGAGGCGAUGGUUACUACUGUCUCGGAUGGGAACUGGCAGUCGUUUUGA